AUGUUGCCCAGAAGACAAGAGCCAUCAUCAUCUGACAAUGUGACUGCAGUGACAAAGUCGCUUCAGAAGGUUGCUGUGUUUCUGUUGAUGCUGGUAGCGUUGGUUUGUGGCCAUAUUCUUCUUUUCCACUUACGAUCGGUGCUAGUUCCGUUUGUACUUAGUGCACUGGUUGUUUGUGCAGUGGAGCCAACUGUGAACGCCAUCUACCAUGGCUUUUCUGGCAGAAUGCCACCAUACAGGUGGUUCUGCUGCUGUUGCCACAGAAAGAUGAGAAAAGACGCCUUCUACGGCGAGGAGGAGGGUGAAGACCCAGAUCGAGCAGAACUGGAACCUCUGAAUGGACCCACCGAUGAUGAUCCCCUCUGCGAGGGAGCUGCAAGGUGCGCUUCAGUGAGUAUAGCGAUAGGCUUGAUCUUACUGGUAGUCACCGUCCUGGCGGGUUCGCUGCUGGCUGGGGCUUUGCAUCUGCGCGAAAGUUGGUCAAGCUACUCCCUCGGGGCUGCGAACCUCGUGGCAUGGCUGGAAAGCAUCACUCGGAAGCUGUCCUUGCGGCUGCAGCUUGGGGAGCAGACGGAUGCACACUUAAAUGGGUUCUACUCUCAUUUGUUGGACAAGGGCCAGGCGUUGGUCUCAGCAGUCGUCGAGGAAAUCAUAUCAGAUGUAUCCUCGUGUGUGGUCAGUCUUAUCAUUAUUCUGCUUUAUGUGAUCUUCGGACUCCUUCAUCCUCUUCCGAUCGGUGGCAAAGUGAGCAAUCUUGUCAGAAGCUAUUUGUGGAAGAAGACCCUGGUGUCGCUAUUGUAUGGCUUCUCUGUCUCCGCGCUCUUCUUGUUGCUGAACAAUGAUUUGGCAAUUUUCUUUGGCAUCGUAUCCUUCUUCUUCAAUUACGUUCCCGAAGUCGGUACCAUCAUUGCCAUCAUCAUUCCCAUGCCAGUGAUCUUGUUAGACGGCCGAUUGGCAUCUCCAGCCACCACCUUGAUGAAGGCAACAAUGGGACAAUUAGCGAUGAAAAUCGUUUUCAACAACAUCAUUGAGACAUCCCUAAUCCAAGCAGAUACGGAGAUGAAGGUACACCCAGUUUGGGUCCUGUUGACCAUCAACUACUUUGGCUUCAUUUGGGGCCCAGUGGGGAUGAUGAUUGGCGUUCCCAUUCUGUCAGUUCUGAAGGGCGCAGCGGUGUCUACAAUUGAGCUUGAUACAGAGAAGGAUGACCUGACCAAGGCGUGGGCUGAAUCCUUCUUGGCAUGCUUGGAGGGCCGUCCACAAAAAGCAAGAGAGAAGUUGGAAAUAGCAAUUGGAGCAAUGAGUCUAAAAGCAAGACCUGAAGAGGCCUCCGAAGCAGCACAACCCAAGUUUCUAUGCAGUCGGACGCCGGAGAGAGGCAUGGGCCUGGCGCAGUGCAACGCGUGCGAAAGCUGGUGUCCAGCCAUGGGAUUGAUGUCGCAGACUGAGUGGUGGAUGCUGGCGCUGGCCCAGCCAAAGGCAGGCUCGAAGUCUACGGAGUCCGAUGCGCCUGAUAUGCAGGCAAGCGCAAGCAGCGAAGAUCCCUUCAGCAGUGAAAGAGAGAUGCUGCUGGCUGCAGUGGAAGGUUUGCGAGAAGCGGCAGAGGCCGCCAUGCGACGAGCGGAGGCUGCAGAGGCUGCGUGCUUCGCACCAAUGAAGCUCGCGCUGGAGGCUCACUUGAAGGAGUACAAGGAACACAUGGCAUCUGAGAUUCGAAGUACGCUGCAACAGGAGAUCUCAGAGGCCACUGCAGAGCUGCGUGCAACUGCUCGUGAGCUCUGCGUGCUUUGCCGCUCACCGCUGCAGACUGCCGCUGGUGAGGCUGCGAGUCACGUGCCAGAAGGCUUAAGCUUCACCCCCUGCAGACAGCCAGCAAAGGCUGCUGAUUUUGCGCCAAGCAGAUUGGAUCCUCAACAUCACACCUUGCCAAGCCUCGGCUUGAGCGGUGAGGGCCUUGAGGUGAAGCGCAGUGCUCACGAGCACCAGAGAGGAAGCAAUGUGUUUGCAUCAGCUCCCGAAGCACUCUUCACUGCAAGCAUUUCCGAAGUGACGCCUGCAAGGGCAAGAGUCAUGCAACUGCACGAGGACGCAGUCCAUCACAAAGAAGUUGGACCAGCUGAAGAAGAGGACAUUGAUGCGCGAAGGCGUCGGAGCGUUCGAGAUGUUGUAUCACACUUUGAGAAGGUCAACAGGAACUUGCCAUUCACCGGAGCAGCUGGUUCCUUCAUGUCAGGUUCCAGCAGUGUGGAGAGACUCGUUCCUGCAUCCAGUGGCAACGAAGUUGGAGGCCGUUCUGCAUCGCAUGGGAUGCCUAGUACACUGCAUGAGCCAGGCAAAGGCUUCCAACUACCUGGCUUGACUCCGCAAACUUCCAAAGAGGACCUUGACGCAGCAAGCCAUGCGAAUCUUCUUCGGCGGAAGUCGAUUUGA